AUGUCUGCUUCAAGAAUACUCAGACCAGCAACGAGACUAUUGUCGCAGAGACCUGUCGCAUAUCGAGCACCAGUCCAGAGAAUACCGGCCCCUGCUUUCACGUCGAUACGAGGAUAUGCUGAUGCAGGAAACACAUACACUGUCAGAGAUGCUCUGAACGAGGCUUUGGCAGAAGAGCUGGAGAGUGAUCCCAAAUGCUUUCUUCUGGGUGAGGAAGUUGCUCAAUACAAUGGCGCAUACAAGGUCACAAAAGGCCUGCUCGAUAAGUUUGGCGAGAAGAGAGUCAUUGAUACUCCUAUCACCGAGUCCGGUUUCUGCGGUCUGGCCGUUGGUGCUGCUUUGGCUGGCUUACAUCCUGUUUGCGAGUACGAAUACCUAAGACGAAUCUACGCAGAGUACUAA